AUGAGUUCUAAAAAGAUUACAUGGAAGUCUAUUGUUUUGAUCUUAGGUUGUUACAAGACAACAUACUCCUUGGAGGAAUCAAAAAAACAAGGCUCAUUCCAAAGGUUGUCCUUGUCUGAUAUAAGCAUUUCUAACUCUAGUAUUCAAGCUAUUGAGGAUCUUUCAGUUUCAUUAGCCGGUUCAAAGCUUUACAUGUUCAAUCUUGAGGAGUUAAGAGAAGCAACACAUGGUUUCUCAUGGAGUAAUUUGUUAGGUGAAGGUGGUUUUGGUCCUGUUUAUAAGGGUUUUGUUGAUGAUAAACUCAGACACGGUUUGAAGGCUCAACCUGUUGCUGUCAAACGGUUGAACUUGGAUGGAUCACAAGGUCACAGAGAGUGGUUGGCGGAGAUUAUAUUUCUUGGACAGCUACGACAUCCACAUCUUGUGAAGUUAAUUGGAUAUUGUUGUGAGGAAGAGCAGCGGCUUUUGGUGUAUGAAUAUAUGGCUAGAGGAAGCUUGGAGAAUCAAUUAUUCAGAACAGGAUAUUCUGCUACUUUACCAUGGUCGACGAGGAUGAAAAUUGCAUUAGGUGCGGCUAAGGGACUAGCUUUUCUUCAUGAAGUAGAUAAACCUGUAAUAUAUAGAGAUUUUAAGACUUCAAAUAUAUUACUGGAUUCGGAUUAUACUGCUAAAUUAUCAGAUCUUGGAUUAGCUAAAGAUGGUCCUGAAGGAGAAGAAACACAUGUGACAACAACUUGCAUAAUGGGAACAAAAGGCUAUGCUGCCCCGGAGUAUAUCAUGUCAGGUCACCUUUCUACCAAAAGUGAUGUGUAUAGCUAUGGAGUAGUGUUGUUGGAAUUGCUUACAGGAAAGAGAGUAGUGGACAAAACCAGAUCAAAUAAAGAGAGACACCUUGUGGAAUGGGCAAAACCUAUUUUGAGAGAUCAAAGAAAGUUUCUUAAUAUCAUAGACUCAAAAUUAGAGGGACAGUUUUCUAUUAAAGGAGCUUUGAAGGUUGCUGCAUUGACUUAUAAAUGCUUAAGCCACAAUCCUACUCCAAGGCCUAAUAUGAGUGAUGUGGUAAAGAUAUUGGAAUCACUUCAAGACUUUGAUGAUGUGAUUAUAAGACCAUUUGUGUAUGUGGCUGUUAGUUAA